GCAUGGAUAGGCAUAUCAAAAGAAUACAAGCGAGACCUUCAACACAGAUUUGAAAAAGACUCAAACCCGUGGAAUCUCAAAAAGUCUACGAAAAUCCAAAUAACCAGAAACUCUUCACUUUGAGAGGUGAUUCGAGCACUAAAAGUAAAAGAAAAUCCCCUUCAAUUGAUAAAGAGAACAUUCAGAUUUCAAACAUUGUCCUUAAUGAUGAUUCUAUGAGGAAUCUAAAGGCUUAUGGUUAUCCUGAAGGAGAUAACCAGAAGCCUGAUAAUAGCUCAAAUUCCCAGUUCACUGCAUUCAACCAGAAAAAGCACAAAUUCAAAGGAGACGCUAAUGUUGAAGAUUCCUUUGGCAGUACUAAAAAGAAUAUAUUCGAACAACUAAUUGCUAAUCUGGGGAUCGAUGGGAGCCAGAAGCAUGAUAACAAAUUUAUGGAAACAAAUAAAGAGCUUCUAGACAAUAUGAAGAAAGUGAAUAAUCUGACCACUAUCAUACAGUCAACUAUGGAUAAAUUUAAGGAAUAUUACAAGCUUGAUAAAUUAGAAACCCAUUUCUGCAAACUUAAAAUCCUUCUUCUUCAGUCGUUCAAAAUUGCUUUUAACCAGAUUGCUGAUCUGAGUGCUGAAAAAGACUGAGAUAACCCUAAAGAACAUGCUAAAAGCUUAAGAGAGCUUAGACAGAAGCACAAGAAGUUAAAGGUAAACUACCGGAAAUAAAUGUGAUGAUCUCCAAGAUCUCUCCCAUACACAUCAGAAGCAGAUGGCCAAACUUCUGAAGAAACUAGAUUUCAAAGAGAGAGAAAUAGAUAAGAUGGCACAACAACUUGAAGAAAUUAAUGAAGCUCCUGACGAGAAAUCCUUCCAUGGAGAAAAUUUUGACUCAUUAUAUAAGAGAAUAGAAGACCUUGAGAAAGAAAAUACCAAUCUUCAGAACUAUUCCAGUUCAUUGGAAGAGGAACUGAAGCAGACAAAGCUAGAUCUUCAUAAUAAUCAAGUAAAUUUGAUCGAUCCUCUUAAGAACAAUCUUGCUGGACUUGAGAAGUUGAUUCAAGAGAAAGACCAAAAAUCAAGAAGUUACAGAAGAAAAUUAAGAAAAUGCAAGAAACAGCUAGAGUUCACAAAGCGAGAGAAGUCUCUUGGAUAUGGCCAGAAUACUUAUUAUCGUGAUAUGCUGGUAACUAAAAAGAAAACAAGAAAUCUAAAGCACUGAUCAAAAAGCCGUAAAUCCAGCUUUAUUAACGAAAAUAAGAAAAAUGAUAUGAAUAUCACAACUCUGGAAUCAAGCAGGGAUAUAGAAGAAAAGCAUUACAACUCAAAGACUCCUAAUAAUUUUUCAAAGCAAUAUUGUGAACUUACAGAAGAAAACUCUCGUCUUUAUCUAGACAAAGAGCAAUCAAAAAGUCAGCUGGAUUUUCUCAGAAAUCCUCCACAAAUAGAAAAUUACAGAAAAACGAUUGAGACAGAAAAUGAUAUCCAGCAAGUUCUGACACCUACAAAGAUCAACAGUGAUGAAUCCUCAGAAGAGAUUUAUUACCCUCAGAGAGGAAAAUCAGUUAAUUCCAGACAUCUUCCGCAUCGAAAGCCUAAAUAUAACUAUUGAGCCAUAAAGAAAGGAUUCAGGAAACUUCGCGAUUCUAGAAAUCCUUCAGAAUCAUCAGAAGACCCUCACAACUCCUCAGAUUUUUCUAAAAUUAUCGACUUAGACUCCCAAUGCUACAAUACUUAUGACAAACAUCACAAGGUAAUAUCGCAGACUUCAAACCCCAUCAACAUGCGUUCCAACCCAGUUUCCCAGUCAACUAAAGCCCGCCCUCUGAAUGCAAACAAGAACAACAAGGGCUCAGUUGACUCCGAGUUUUUAUGUACUGGUAAAGACUUACAGAAUCAGAAUCCUCCAAGAUUUACGAAGAAAGGAAGAGCUUUAUGUGAGAUUAUGAUGACUUAAAUGAU